AUGUCUGACAACAGGAGAAACAAACGAAGACGGAAAAUUAAAGAUGGACGUCUCAACACUGAACCUAAACAACACAGUUUGAAGUACCAAAACCAAAAAAUUAGAGAGCAACAGAAGUUCGUCAAGCAAUAUACUGCACACAGGAACGACACUGUUUGUGCUGUACCUGCGCAACACCCUGGCCCUUCAUCUUCAGCAGAAAGAACUCAGCGAGCAGCUGUAAUUUACCCUUCAAAUGAUGGUGUCGAAGAUAUCGACAUGGGCAGUCAAUGGCAAAAUAUCGACGACGACGACAAUACUUCCUUGUCAUCAAGAUACAAAAGAUGGCAAGAUGUCCGUGAUGUGCUUUUGAAGAACUUUCUUGAGAGCCAUGAAGUGCAUGUCCACGCUGAUCCCUGCUUGAAAAAGCCCAUCACUCUUGGUACAAAACCAACAAACUGUGAUUUCAAUACUCGCCAAACCUCAUGGCCAAUCCAUGGAUUUAUGAUGUUUGCCAAGGGCAAAGUGAAAAGCUUCAAAAAUGCGAAAAUUGACUAUAUCGAAUAUAAAGCACUGUGUUUUCCAGAUGGAAUUUUAUACCCACCAAACAUUGCUCGAGUCACUGUUGAUGUCUCAAAUGUUGCCAACAGCACCAAAGAAACCAAAGUCUGCAGUGCAUUUUUCGCUUUUUGA